AUGUCCGCUGUUGAAACAGCUCCUCCCCCAGCGGGACGGAACAGACCACCACGCAAUCGUCGCGGACGAGGUGGAAACCGAGGAGGGGCAACUGGAACUGCCACUGCUCCAAAUCCUGCUCCCCAGACCGCAAAUACUCCACUCGUACUUCGACCUGCUUCCUUAGCACCAGAAUCAACUCUUCCCCCUACCUCGAAUUCAAACAGAGGUGGCCGUGGCAGAAGGGGCGGACUUGGACGAGGAGGAAGAAGAGGUGGCGCACAACCUAUGGUCAAUGGCCAAAGAGCAUUUGGAGGCCAACUCACCUCAAAUGUCCCCUCAACAGAAGGCUCAUUGGCAGGCGAUGCCCCAGUUUUCAUUCCAGGCCAACCAGUUGCCCCGCGUGCAAGACAACAUCAAGUGCCCCGCCCUCGGAGAAUGUCGAAAUCCCAAGCCCCAGACAUCGCUUCCAGAACACACGAAGACAUCACAAACGGUCAAUACGAAUGCGCUAUAUGUACCAAUGAAGUCCUGCCCAAUUCCAAGAUCUGGAGUUGCAAGACGUGCUGGUCGGUUUUACAUCUAACGUGCGUGAAGCGCUGGUCGAAGAAUGAGAUUUCUACACAUCAACAGCGCGCGAAUGAUAAUGGAGAACUGCCGCCGCCAAGACAAUGGCGAUGUCCGGGCUGCAACCUACCAAAAGAUGGCCUGCCGAAUGAAUAUACAUACUGGGACAUUGUCCGCAUCCCUGCGAGCUUAUUUGCCAUGCUGGUCCUUGUCUGCCUUGUAGCCAUAUGGGCCCUUCUUUGCCUUGCUUCUGUGGGAAGGAGACCUCGACGCGGCGAUGUCAGGAUACGAAUUAUGACGGUGGAUGGAGCUGUGGGCAGGUUUGCGAUGACGUCCUUCCUUGUGGGGAACAUAAUUGUCAGAGAGGAUGUCAUGAAGGCCUAUGUGGGGGCUGUGAAGAAGCCUGUUGCUUGUUCUGAACGGGAUGAGGAGAGGCAGAGUCAAUCAGAGGAUGAGACCUGGACGGGAUCUUUUGACUGUGGUGCUGAGUGCAAGAGGCCCUAUGAUUGUGGUAACGCGGAUCACUUUUGUGAGAAGGCAUGUCACGUUCAAGAUUUGCAAUCUGCACACUGUCCAUACUCGCCCGAUGUCGUCACCCACUGCCCUUGUGGAAAGACACCAUUAUCUAGUCUACUGGAAGAAAACAGAAAAGAUUGCUCGGCUCCAAUUCCUCACUGCAAGGAGAAAUGCGAGAAUUUGCUUCAAUGUGGACAUAUCUGCCAACAGACUUGCCAUGAGGGCGAAUGUAGACCCUGUCUGCAAACAGUCCAAAUUGCCUGUCGAUGCGGAAGAACCACAUCAAAGACAAUAUGUCACCAGGGAACUGAGGAGCCGCCCUCCUGCAUGCGUAUCUGCCGAGCAACUCUAAACUGUGGCAGACAUGAGUGUGGGGAACGCUGUUGUCCUGGAGAGAAGAAGGCAAGCGAACGACAAGCUUUGAAGCGCAAGCAUCGAGGUUUGAGUGCAGCACCAAGGGGAGAUGAAAAUAUCGAGGCUGAACACAUCUGUCUUAAGGUCCUUGUUCAAGCUGUCUUGAAGCUGUAUUCGAAGAUAUCAGCUGUGCUUGUGGUCGAACUGUUCUCCAACCACCACAGCCAUGUGGAACUCGACCCCCUGAAUGCCGCUUCGACUGCACCCGCCGACGAACAUGUGGCCAUCCCCAAGUCAAGCACCAAUGCCAUCAAGAUUCGGAAUCCUGUCCCAAAUGCCCAUUUCUGGUCGAAAAGCCCUGCAUCUGUGGCAAGAAGAGCCUCAAAAACCAACCCUGCUGGUUCACUGAAGUCCGCUGCGGCCUUCCCUGCGGCAAGAAACUCAAAUGCGGAAUUCACACCUGCCAAAAGCCCUGCCACCGCCCCGGCCAAUGCGAAGACGCAUCUUCACCCUGCGCCCAGCCUUGCGGCCGCAAGAAGACAGUUUGCGAACACUCCUGCUCGGACCCCUGCCAUGCUCCUUACCCGUGUAAAGAACUUCAGCCCUGCCAAGCCAAAACAUUCAUCACUUGCCGAUGGCAACACCGGCAAGGUUUUAGAAUGCACAGACGACUGUUUAAAGCUGCAACGUAACGCCAAGCUCGCUGCUGCUUUGAACAUCGACCCCGCCACACAUCUCAAUGACCAUAUCCCUUAUUCCCAAACAACACUCGAUCUCUUUCGCGAGGCCCCAAAAUUCGCACAAGUACAAGAGCGCGAGUUCCGCGUCUUUGCGGCGGAUGAGAAGGAGAAACGGCUGCGGUUUAAACCAAUGCAACCUAGUCAGCGCGCAUUCAUACAUGCUCUGGCUGAGGAUUUUGGGUUGGACAGCGAGAGUCAAGAUCCGGAGCCUCAUCGACAUGUUUCUAUUUUCAAAACCCCUCGAUUCGUCUCGGCGCCUAUGAAGACCUUGAGCCAGUGCAUCAAGCUCAAGGCUAUACCUGUUGCUGCGCCAGAGCCAUCGAGCAAGGGACUGGUGAGUAGUGCGGAGCCAUAUAACGCCUUCGUAUUGAGCAAUCCAAAGUUUGGUCUUACGAUUGAUGAACUGCGCACGGACCUGCACGCGGAAUUCUCAGCUGCUGGAUUCGAGGCAUUCGACGUCGCGUUCCUACCAUCCGGCGACAUCGUUCUCAAACCCCUCCCAAGCCAUUUCCUUGCAGCGCACAAACUAGAACUCAGUCUCUCAUCCGCCAAAUCCUCGAUCGUGAAGAAAGUCCAAGCUCUCGAGCUUGCUGCUUCCACGGCUCUCUGCGCCGUAGAUAGCAGUCUCAACGUCGCUAGGAGAGAAGACGAUAAUGCGAGUGGGGGGGGCUGGUCGCAGGUUGCGAAGGGGGCGGGGAGGAAGCUUGCGGUGAGGGAGAAGGAGGUUGGACAUAAGAGUUCUUUUACUGUGUUGGGGAGUAGGAAGAGGGAGAGUAAGAAGGAGGAGGUGGCGGAUGAUUGGGAGAGGGAGGUUGAGAAGGAGGGGUGGGAUGACGCUUAG